UCACUUCUCAGUGUACCUUACAGUCUUUACCCCCCCACGUAUCAUCAAGCUUGAGAUUUGAGACAGAGUAAACCAAAGUCCAAACCCAGUGUUGUGUUUGGCCAUUUCUGAGGCUGAGGAAAGGAUAGCCCAGAGGAGAAGAAGCACCCAUGUUCUAAGAGACACAGCUCCUUGCAAAUUGCAACCAAACACACCAUCAUGUCCAUUUCCUUGGUCUUGUUUUCUCCUCCAACCCAACCCCCACUCCUUUUUCCCUCUUCCCCUUCCAAACCCUACCUAACUCUUAAGCCCCACCUCUCUCUCAGACCAUCCAAGUUCCUCACCACCACCAAGGCCUCAGCUGAAAAUGGUGCUGGUACUUCACCCUCAGCUGCUACUGCACUUGAAAUACAACCUGACCAGAAGGUAGCUGAAACUCCCCAGCAGGUAGUUCAGAAAGAUGAGAGCUCUGUUGGAGCCAAUGGGUCUGCGGGGGCAGUGGAAACAGAAGAAGAUAAGGUUUUGAGUCAGUUUGUGGACCCCAAAUGGGUUGGUGGGACUUGGGACUUGAGCCAGUUUCGGAAAGAUGGAAAUACUGACUGGGAUGCUGUUAUUGAUGCUGAGGCUAGGAGAAGAAAAUGGCUUGAGGGUAACCCGGAAACAUCCAGUAAUGAUGCCCCCAUAGUUUUUGACACAUCUAUCAUACCUUGGUGGGCAUGGAUGAAACGGUUCCAUCUACCUGAAGCAGAACUACUUAAUGGCCGCGCUGCAAUGAUAGGCUUCUUCAUGGCUUAUCUGGUUGAUAGCUUGACUGGGGUGGGUUUGGUUGACCAAAUGGGCAACUUCUUUUGUAAAACUCUACUGUUUAUAGCUGUUGUUGGAGUCCUGCUGAUCCGGAAGAAUGAAGAUUUAGAGAAUUUAAAGAAACUGCUGGAUGAGACAACCUUUUAUGACAAGCAAUGGCAAGCAACCUGGCAGGACGAGAAGCCUGGCAGUUCCAAGAAUUGAGUAGUGACAUUGCUAUUCCUGAGUUUGCCCCUUCAAAUUCAAUCAGCAACCUCCUUUACUUAUCGAAAAAUUAUUAGCAUCUUCUUGUCCAUUUCAUGUUAUUGUAAUUACUCUGUUUUAGUGAAGGAUGAUGAAUUUAAAUUCCCAUCAUUGUAAUUUAGUCUUUUGAUUUAUUAGUUCUUGUGCCUUUCCAGUUGCAA